ACACCACAAAAAUUUUCUAUUAUUGUGUGUGCGGUCUGACCAUGCAUUUCGUAAAAGACGACGUUGUCAUUUCCGGCAUUGGCGGUUACUUCCCCAAAGCUUUGAACAUCGAAAAAUUGCAAGAACACCUCCUCAACAAUGAGAAUCUCCUAGAGAGCCGCUGGAAGGCCGGCGAGCGCGGCGUUUCCAAUAAAAUCGGUGUCGUCCCAACUGAAUAUUUCGACAAUGCUUAUUUCGGAAUUCAUCGUCAGCAGUGCACUUUCAUGGACCCCAUGCACCGACUCAUCCUUGAACGCACCUACGAAGCGCUCAUUGACGCCGGUGUUAACCCGAGCGAGGUUCGCGGUAAAAGAAUCGGUUGUUUCAUGGCUUCGUCUCUCGGAGAGAACGAUAAUUUGUUUCUGGAGUCUGUGGUGAGCGGGUUUGGUGUCACUGGACACUCUAGGGCUAUGAUGCCAAACAGGGUGUCCUACUGGCUGGACCUUAAAGGGCCAAGUGUUGCGUAUGAUAGUAACUGGAUUGGAGGUAUAGAAGUGGUAAGGUUGGCCUAUGAAGCUAUCAAAACAGGUCAAUGUGAGGCGGUUUUGGUCGGAACCGCUAAUUUGGCCCUUAAUUCGGAGUUCCAAUGGUUGUAUAAUGACAUGGGUCUGUUAUCGGCUGAUGGUAGUACUAGGGCGUACGAUAUUGAUGCCCAGGGUUAUGCACGAAGCGAUGGGGUUGUCGUUUUGUACAUCCAACGUGCCAGUGACGCUAAACGUUCCUACGCCAGCAUUGUCAAUGUUGCCACUCAAUUUGACGGCAACCGGGAAGGAACUCUCUUAGAUAUAGACUCUAAUAACAUGGCAGAAUUCAUUAGCGACUUUUACAAGGACAUUGACGUUGAUCCGAAAGACGUUGAGUUUGUUGAAACGUACGGAAGCGCCCUUAAAGAAACCGAUCGUAAAGAACUAGAAGCGUUAGAAAAAGUCUAUUGCAAAAACCGCCAAAACCCUCUCCUUAUCGGCACCGUCAAGCCCAACACCGGUCACAGCGAAGCUUCUGCCGCGCUUUUCAGCAUUGUCAAAGUUUGUAUAGCCAUGGAGGCCGAGACAAUUCCGGCAACAAUCCAGUACCAAACGCCAAAUCCCGAAUUAAAACCGCUCCUUAACGGGAGUAUGGAAGUGGUGACACAGAAUCGUAAAUGGGGGGUUAAAUAUGCCGCAGUUAAUGCGAUUGGUUUGGAUUCGUACUAUGGACACCUCCUUUUGAAAGCCAAUCCCAAAAAGAAGGUCAAUGCUCAAGUUCAGGACGAUAUUCCAAGACUCAUACUUGCGUCCACUCGAACUGAGGCUGGGAUUAAGGAAAUUUUGCAAACUAUCAAGUCGCGCGCAACGAUUGAUCCUGAAUAUGUUAAACUCAUCCAGGAUUUGUAUUCUAAACCGAUUUUGGGGCACUUGUACCGCGGUUAUACGAUUUUGGGGGCUGAGGCCCCGAAAGAGGAAACUGAGUACCAUUUGGGCAACAAGCGCCAAAUUUGGUUCGUCUACUCUGGGAUGGGCAGCCAAUGGAGCGGCAUGGCCAGUGACUUGAUGAAACUCCCAGUUUUUGCAAACGCAAUCCACAAAUGCCACAAAGUAUUAGUCGACAAAGGCAUCAACUUGCUUGAAAUCAUCACCAGUAAAGACAAGACCAUGUUCGACAACAUUUUGCACUCAUUUGUGGGAAUCGCCGCAAUUCAAAUUGCCUUAACCGACGUUUUGCGGGCUGUUGGUAUCGUCCCAGAUGGUAUAAUCGGGCAUUCCGUGGGCGAGCUAGGGUGUGCAUACGCCGAUAAUUGCAUGACGGCCGAACAAAUGAUUUUAUCGGCCUACUCCCGCGGGAGAGCCUCACUUGAAGCCACCCUAAUCCGCGGCAUGAUGGCUGCCAUCGGCAUGGGGUACCAACAAAUCAAAGACAAGUGCCCCCCGUCCAUAGAAGUCGCGUGUCACAAUGGCCCCGACAGCUCCACAAUCUCGGGCCCCACCGAAGACAUGGAAAAGUUCGUCAAGGAGUUGCAAGACCAGGGGAUUUUCGCCCGUCUUGUCAAUGUUUCCAACAUUGCCUACCACAGCAGGUACAUCAAACCCGCUGCUCCAGGCCUCUUAAAAUACCUCAAGGAGGUGCUCCCCGAACCCGUGGCCCGCUCCUCAAAGUGGAUCAGUACCUCCAACCCGGAGGAAAACUGGGAGACGGAACUGGCCAAACACUCCUCGGCCGAAUAUCACACCAACAAUCUCCUGAGCUCGGUUUUGUUCGAAGAGGGCUUGAAACACAUCCCUAAGGACUCGGUUUUGAUCGAAAUCGCCCCACAUGGGCUGCUCCAAGCCAUUUUGAAACGCUCGGUCAAGUCAGGUUGUACCAACGUUUCCCUGACUCAGAGAGGCUCAAACAGCGGGGUUGAAUUCCUACUUUCGGCGUUCGGUAAAUUGUACUUGGCUGGUUUAGAUAUGGACAUUUCUAAGCUGUUCCCGCCGGUUGAGUACCCAGUAAGUCGGGGAACCCCCUGUUUGGCGAACUUAUCGCAUUGGGAGCACAGCGAAGUUUGGAGAACUGGGCUUGAGGAGAAACUGAAAUCGCUGUUCGGGGUGCGUGACUACCAAGUCACGCUGAACAGCGAGGAGUUCCGAGAGUGUGUGGGGCACCAACUUGACGACAAAAUCAUACUACCGUGCACCUCAUACUUGAGCACCAUCUUCGACAUUGUCGCAAACAUAAGCACUGGGCACAAGGAAUUCAUCUUUGAGAAUCUCCACUUUAAGAAAAUGUUAACCGUCCCGAGAAUCGGUUCGGUGGCGCUUCACGCAAUGAUCCAGAAGGGAAGCGGCGAUUUUGAGAUAAUCGCCGGGAACGACAUUCUCGUAACUGGAACUUUGACAUUCCCGAACCCGGCCGAUAAAUUCAUGAUUGAUCCAAUCAAAGUGGAGGUGUCUGACGACAACGUCCGCUUAUCCGGGACAGACGUUUACAACGAAUUCCAACACCGGGGACACAAAUACAGCGGUCAGUACAAAUCCAUCAAGAGUCUAGUCGUGUGCGAAAACGGCUCAGUCAGCCUGGCACAGUGGAACAACAAAUGGACCAUGUUUGUGGAAGCCAUGAUCCAACAACACUUGUUCCAAGACGGCGAACGCUCGCAGCAAAUCUACGUCCCGAAAAACAUUCACAAAAUCGUCGUGAACAAAGAGCUUUUGCCUAAUGAUAAAACCGACCUGGAGGUGCAUUACGAUUUUGCGACCGGGCUGAUCACCUGUGACGGGAUCCAGGUGGUUGGGCUUAAGGCUGUGCCCUUCCCCAAGGACCCGAAGGCAAUUUCGUUUGAUUCAAUUGAGUUUACUCCCUUUAAUUUGUCCAACUUGAGUAUUGAGAACGGAAUUAAUCUCGCUCUUCAACUCACUUUGGACAACUUUUCCGAGCAAUUUGUUACCACAAUCAGCAUCAAUGAAAUCGAGGGCAAGAACCCGCCUCUUUUGGAAAACAUCCAGAACGUGUGCUCCAUGUACUCGAAACUUAACAGCACCGUAACGUCAGUCAAAGACCCCCAAACUAUAGACUUACAAGUCUCCUACCCCUUUUUCGUCGUUUUAAACGACACAAUUAACGACGAAGUCGCAAAAUUAACAUCAUCAUCACACGGGUUUUUGUUAGUGCGUUCAAGCAAGCAAAUCCUGGCGUACCCUCAGAUCGCACAAGUGGCGCAAUUUAGUGUUAACGGAGUUGAAUACUCAAUUUUGCGCCGUGCUAAAACCACCCAACCGCUCAUUGUCACAGUGAAAGGCGACACUUUAAGCAUCAAAGACUUGACAAGAACUUCAGCUUCAUGGGUUAAUGAAUUAGAUACGGCUGCGGAAGCAGCCAAAGCCAAGAAAAAUAGUGUUUAUCUGGUCUCGUCUUUAGUCCCGACCGAAGGCAUGCGCAACUUUGUUGAAGAGUUGCUCUCAACACCUAAAAUGUCCAACGUUCGGGUGCUUUUCGCCCUGGACAGACGUAUCGGAAACGUUAAUGUUAAAGACCCCCAGUUGCAAGAAAUCUUCAAACUUGACUUGGUUUUGACGGUUAUUAAGGACGGGACUUUGGGCUCGGUCUUGCCAGUGCCACUGAAACUCAAAACCAACAUCCAGAACAAUUUCGGCAUCACUAGCAAUGCGAUCAAGGAUAAAGUCAUCAAUUAUGUCGGUAUUAAUUUGAAAGACGAGACUAUUUUGCCAGUCAGUGAGAAGAAAAAAGAGUUGGGUAAUAUUGAUUAUUCCGGGGUUGGAACAAACGGGCAAAAAGUGAUGGGUCUUGCCCAGCUUGACACAGACUUGUGCCAACUGGUCCCUGACUCAAUUUUGUCCUGGAACGUUCCUGAUAAAUGGAGUUUGGAGGAAGCUGCAACCAUCCCGCACGCCUACGUUAGCGCUUAUUACUGCCUGUUUGAGAAAGCCUGGCUGAAAUCAGGCGAGAUCGUCCUAGUUCAUGCCGGUUGUACGGCCAUCGGCUUAGCUGCAAUUUCGAUAGCUGCCAGUUAUGAUUGUAAAAUUUACACCACCGUAGCCACCGAAUGGCAAAGAAGUUUCCUCAAAAAACAAUUCGAUUGCUUGAAAGACGAGAAUAUUUUCAGUUUGGAGGAUUCAAGCUUCGAGCCUUUGAUUCUAAUGGCAACUGGUGGUGUUGGGGCUCAUGUUAUUAUUAAUUGCCUCUCUGGACAUCUCCUCCAAUCGUCAGUCGGUUGUCUGGCCGAGUACGGGAGACUGAUUCAGAUUGGUCAGCACGAUUGUGAGGAAAAUAACACAAUCGGGAUGAGCGUUUUUUUGAAAAAUACCUCGUUCUUUGUGGUCAAACUUGAGAAUAUUUUCUUGGAAUCGAACGAGGUUAAGCAGGAGAUUAGGGAUAUGGUUCAGAAGGGCAUUGAGAGUAAAACUGUGAGGCCAAUUAAUCGAAAAGUCGUGGAGCAUUACAACAUUGUGGAGAUUUUAAAUUCGCUAAGUCAGUCCGGAAACGUGGGCAAAAUCUUGAUCAAAAUCAACAACAACUUGCUAAUGAACAAAUUCAUCCUAAACAACCCGUCUCAAUUUAUUUGCGACUCGAAGAGUUCUUAUUUGAUUUAUGGUGGAAGUGCCGAACAAUGGACGGACGCAGUUGAAUGGCUGGUGUUCCGAGGGGCCCGAAAAAUCGUAGUUUCGUCCGAUUCUAAACCCCAACAAGUUUACGUCAAUCGGCGCCUUUCCCUUCUUCAGAGUUGUUACUCUGCUGAUAUUAUUUAUGCCCCGCCUAAGGCUCACACCAAGGAAGGUGCCACCGAACUAUUGACUGAAGUGUAUCACUUGGGCCCCAUCCAUUGUGUAUUCUCACUACCGGUGAAGUCAAAUGAUUCAAGAAUCAGCAAAAUCAAGCCAAUCCAGUACAUUGAUAACGCAUUAAGAACUAUCGCCCCCAAAGCAAUUCUGAUCAAUUUCGUGAACCACGCCGCUGGAAUUUGCCAAUUCCGGACCGAAGCCAACUUCCCCUCCUACCACAUCCAGUGGCACAAGGACUUGGACUUUGGCGAAAUAAUCUACGGACUGGACGAGAUUUUGACGUACAAUGUGCGCGAUAUUCUGAUCAAGAACGACAGAGUUAGCGAUUCGCACCAAGAAACCACUCAGUCACUUUUCAAAAAAUUGACUCUAAUUUUGCCCAACUCUUUGGAGGACUUUAUCGAGGAAACAAAAUCGGCCCCAGCUAAGCCACAACUGAUCCAACUGCGCACGCUGGGCCCCCGUGAAAUCAGGGAACUUGCGCCCGUUUUUAUUAUCCCUGGACUUUCAGGUUUCAAGGAAAUGAACGAAAUGGCCUUCCAGCUGUUGUACCCCACGUUUUGUGCCGUCUUACCUUCGACUCCCAUGCCCAUCAAAGAGCUGGCCCUUGAUUUGGUCGAACAAAUAAAAAAAGUGUGGCCGAAAGGCGCCUACAACAUCAUUGGCGUUUCCUGGGGGGGCGCCCUUAUGGUCGAAAUCGCCAAAAUUUUGGACAAGCAAGGAGCCAGCCUCCACCUCUAUUUCAUUGACGCGGCCCCCACAACUUUACAAGCCGCUGUUAAACACUUGGGCGAAAGCGCCACAAGCAUUGAGACGAACUUGCUAACCCGUGUUUUGAAAAUUAACGAUGCUGAGGUUGUUAGAAAGAUCGAAGAGGCGCCUGGUUGGGAUUCGCGCAUUAAACUGGCUUUGGACCACUUCGAGGGCCAUUUGUCCGACAAAAAGGCGCUGGGGCAAGGACUGUUCACCUUGAAGUCGCACUUGCAAAACUUGUUAACGUUCAGCCCGUCUGAGGAAUUAGUUUCGGGGCAAAUUCAUCUAAUCAGACCGACCGGCACGAGCAAAUAUGAUAAUUGCGGAUUAGUUUCGUAUUGCAAGCAAACGCCGCAGAUUACUUUGGUCAAUGGCGAUCACUUGAGCAUUAUUAAUAGUCCAGUGACUACGGAAUACAUCAACGAGAAGCAUUAUUUGAUUUAAUUUUUUCUGUAACUGUUUGAAAUAAACGAUUGGAGGAA